AUGUCCUCCGAUACGGGUAAAGCGUUACCCGAAGAAGAACCGCUAAAGGAUAAAGAAAAUAAACCAAACGAUUUUGAAAGUAAAGGCUUUUUUGAAAAGCUCGCCUACUUAAAAUCCAAUGUCACCGUUGAACCAAUAUUUGCUGGUAUCGUUAUACCAUCAAUGCUGGCCAGGCUAGCAAUACAAAAUUUAAACAUGGAUAAGACUUGUCGAUUGAAACUUAAUUUUGGUGACGAAAUCUGCGAUGCUUUGCUCGAGAGAAAGGGAAAUCUUACUUACUAUGAAGGCGAAGUACAAAAAGUUAUAUCGUCAAUAGAAACUUGGAAAAGUGUCAUCCAGACAGCCUUGCCAACAAUUCUGGUAAUAUUUAUGGGAGCAUGGAGUGACAGAACUGGUAACAGAAAAUUAUGUAUACUUUUACCUAUAGUCGGAGAAUUUCUGGUGUGCAUAAGCAAUAUAUUAAGCGUAGUAUUUUUCAAUCACAUUUCUGUUGAGGUAACAAUGUUCUUGGAAGCUAUUUUCCCAGCCAUUACAGGAGGAUGGGUUAUGGUAUUUUUGGGAGUUUUCAGUUAUGUGGGUGACAUAACAGACGAGAAAACGAGAACAUUUCGUGUUGGUCUCGUUAAUUUAUGCUUAACAGCAGGGAUCCCAAUUGGUGUAUCUUUAAGUGGAAUUCUAUUAAAAUUAUGGGGUUACUAUGGUAUAUUUGCCACAUCAGGCAUCAUUUAUCUCACAACAUUUACUUAUGGAUACAUCUAUUUAGAGAAACAAACAAAACCAGGAAUUGAUAAAUCUGAAAAGGCAAAACCUGUUACAUUUAAGGACAUAGUCGCUUUAAUAAAAGAAACUGUAUUGUGUGCCUUCAAAAAAAGGGAUGGAAACUUACGAAUGAAAGUGAUUCUAACACUUCUUGCUGUUGCUAUUAUUUAUGGACCAGAUCAUGGUGAGAGGAUAAUCACUUACAUGUUUGUGAGAUAUCGACUUAAAUGGGACGCUUUGAAAUUCAGUAUGUACUCCACUUACAGUAUUGUGGCACAUUCCAUAGGAGCGUUAUUCUCUAUCAGCGUGUUCAGCAAACAUUGGGGUUUCCACGACUCCAUGCUUUGCCUCAUCUCCGUAACGAGCAAACUCAUCGGCUCUAUAUACAUAGCCUUUGUCAAAACAGACUUCCAGAUGUUUAUGGUCCCGAUCGUUGAAAUUCUAAACGCAACUACCUUCACGUCGCUUCGGUCAAUGGCUUCUAAGUUGGUUGAGACUGAAGAAAUGGGUAGGAUGAACUCCCUCUUCAGUUUGGUGGAGACAUUGGCAGCUCUUGUUUUUGAUCCUUCUUACACAACACUCUAUUCAAUGACAAUAUCCGCUUUCGCUGGCUCUGUGUACAUCUUCAGCGCCUGUUUGACUAUACCUGCAAUAAUCAUAUUAGUAUGGCUCUUCACACAAUACCGUAUAGAAACAAAAGUUAGACGGAAGCAAGAAACAACGCAGCUCAAACUUUGA